CUGCGCUCCCUGGCCUCGGCGAAGCUGGCGAAGACCCCCGCGCUCCGAGCCGGGAGGGGAAAAUGCUUUCGGUUUCGGCCCUCCCCAUCUCCACCCAUGCCUGCAUGGCUGUAAUAUCCGGCGGCUGUCCUGCUUCCAAAGGGAACAGUUAGUUUCCUGAGGAGCCAGAUGCUGGCGGAGCGCGAGAGGGGCGAGCGAGCGAGAGCAGCUGAGAACCUGUCCCCUGACCGCAGCGACAGCGCCACGUUACCAUGGCAACUGAACCCAUCAUGACGGCACCCAUUUGUCUAGUGGAAAACCAGGAAGAGCAGCUGAACCUGAAUCCAAAAGCAUUAUGGAUUCUUAACAAUAUUUCACAGCCUGUGGUGGUGGUGGGCAUUGUAGGGCUGUACCGGACAGGAAAAUCCUACCUGAUGAACCGCCUGGCAGGACAGAACCACGGCUUCCCCUUGGGUUCCACAGUGAAGUCUAAAACCAAGGGCAUUUGGAUGUGGUGUGUACCCCACCCCUCUAAGCUGAACCAUACCCUGGUCUUUCUGGACACUGAGGGUCUAGGUAAUUUGGAAAAGGAAGACUGGAAGAAUGACUCCUGGAUCUUUGCCCUGACUGUGCUUCUGAGCAGCACCUUGAUCUACAACAGCGUGGGCACCAUCAACCACCAGGCCCUGGAGCAGCUGCACUAUAUGACCGAACUAACACAGCUAGUCAGGGCAAAGUCCUCCUCAGAGUACAAUGGGGUAGAGGACUCUGCCAAGUUUGUGAGUUUCUUUCCAGACUUUAUUUGGGCUUUACGAGAUUUCGCACUGGAAAUGAAGAUAAAUGGAUACUCCAUAACUGAAGAUGAGUACCUGGAGGACGCCUUGAAGCUGCUUCCAGGCACAAAUCCCAAAAUCCAGAAUUCCAACAUGUCCAGAGAGUGCAUCAGGCAAUUCUUCCCAAAACGGAAGUGCUUCAUCUUUGACCGGCCUUCGAAUGACAAAAAUCUCUUGGUCCAUAUUGAGAAUGUGCCAGAAGACCAGCUGGACAGUAGUUUCCGGGAGCAAUCAAACAAAUUCCGUACCUAUAUUUUCACUCAUACAAAGACCAAGACUCUAGGAGAGGGAAUCAUUGUUACUGGGAACCGGCUGGGGACUCUGUUGAAAGCCUAUGUGCAUGCCAUCAGGACGGGAGAAGUUCCUUGCUUGGAGAACGUGGUGACAACACUGGCCCAGCGUGAGAACUCAGUGGCCGUGCAGAAGGCAGCUGACCACUACAGCGAGCAGAUGGCCCAGCGAGUGAGGUUCCCCACAGACACGCUCCAGGAGCUGCUGGAUGUGCAUGCGGACUGUGAGAGGGAAGCCAUUGCAGUCUUCAUGGAGCAUUCCUUCAAGGAUGACAAGCGGGAGUUCCAACAAAAGCUUGUGGACACCAUAGAGAAAAAGAAGAAAGAUUUCUUGCUGCAGAAUGAAGAUGCAUCCGUCAAAUAUUCCCAGGCAAAGCUUAAGCAGCUUUCAUAUCCCUUGAUGAAAAACAUUUCAAGAGGAACUUUCUGUGUUCCUGGAGGACACAGUCUCUACAUAGAAGCAAAGAACAAAGUUGAAUGGCACUAUCACCUAGUGCCCAGGAAAGGGGUUAAGGCAAAUGAAGUUCUCCAGGACUUCUUACAGUACCAGCUGGCAAUAGAGAAAUCCAUCCUGCAGGGAGAUGAAGCCCUCACCUGUCAGGAGAAAGCGCUCGCAGCUGAGCGGGCUAAGAAGGAGGCAGCUGAGAAGGAACUGGAGCUGCUAACUGAGAAACACAAGGAACAGAUGCAAAAGAUGGAGGCUCAAGAGAGAAGCUUCAGGGAAUACAUAGCCCAGCUGAGAGAGAAGUUGGAGAGGGAAAGAGAAAGCCUUCAGAGAGAGCAGGAAGAAAUGCUGAUGCACAAGCUGAAGAUACUAGACGUUUCUGGUUUCCAGCGACAGGAAGCACAAAUUCCCUAAGGAUAUCAUUGUGCGUGAUGAUUUUUAUCACCUGAAGAAAUGCAUCAAAUAGAUUGAUGGCCUGAAACUGCUUAAAGUCUGCAUUUCCAGGAACUCCAUGUGGUUUAGGAUAUCAUUAGUUUGGGGCUCCUUCUUCUUAUGUUUCAGGAUGCUAAAAGGGACUCUUUCUAUUAGGGGUCCACUAAGAGCCCUGGACUGAGAGCACUAGGUGCCAAAUAACAACUAAUUCCAAAGCAAGGUGCCACACCAGCUUUUAUAGAGCUAGGUUAAACUCAAGACAAUAUAUCAAUUGAUGAAGAAAAAGCAUGUGUCAAAAAUCUAACACUCACUCAUGAUAAAACCUUUCACAAAUAAGGAAUAGUGGGUACUUCCUCAAUUUGAUAAAGAAUAGCUGCAAAAAACCUACAGCUAACAGCAUCUUAAUGGUGAAAAACCAGAUGCUUUCUCACUAAGAUUAGGAACAAGGCAAUGAUGUCUGCUUCACUACUUUUAUUCAACAUCAUACUAGAAGUCCUAAUGAAGUAAGACGAGAAAAGAAAAUGAAAGAUAUAUAAAAGAUACUUUUUUAUGUAGAAAGUCUCAAAACAUCAACAGCAAAAACAAAAACUCCUGACACUGAUAAGUGAUUAUAUCAAGGUUGCAGGAUAAGUUUACAUAUAAAAAUCAAUUGCUUGCUUAUAUAUCAGCAAAGAACACUUAGAAGUUGAAAUUAAUAAUAGAAUACCAUU